GACUUUCGACGAUUUGUUGGGAGCACGGUUGGGAAUUUUCAAUGCAAACAAUUUUCACAAGCAUCGUUGCAUUUUCGAUUUAUCAACAAAAAUAAUUUAUUCUUAUACGCAAUUUUGACGUUGCGUGGUCACAUACAAGAAUAGUAGACGAUUGUUCAUGUCACUUUACGCAGGCUGCAGUAACAUAACCUCUCAAAGACAUCAAACACGUCAAUCCGACAAUAACAAUUUAUCCCAUUCCGUAGCGGCAUAUCCAUAAAAAUCCUACGGUAAAAAGUUUAGUUAAAUACUCAGCCAAAAUGGCAAGUCAAAUAAGUACAGCGAUGGACAGCUUAAACGCUGCUGUAAAGUCGAAUAUAAUACCAAACCAAGAAUACCUUCUGCAAGGUUCGGUUAUGGACAGUGCGGUAGAAGUUUUAUUGCAGAGAUUGAGAGGAUUGUGCGAUAACGUUGAUAGUAGACCAGAGACUUUUCGUGAUCAUGAAAUGUGCUUCAGUAUCAGAAGAGGUCCCCCACCAGAACAAUCAUUGUUGCUGAGGGUGAGAAGAGCCUUAGAUCAUCAGGAUAUGCCUUGGCAGCUUCGUUACAUUGGACAACCCGAACUAGGUGACAAGUCUAGGCCGACAAUAGUGCGAAGCAGUAUAGACAUCGCAACGAGCAGUACAGUCGUUGAAUUCCUUACAGAAUUGGGUUGUAGAUUAGAUUUUGAGUAUAUUGUACAGGGAUACAUGUUCCGAAAGGGUAGAAUGAAAGUAACUGUAGCAAAGAUAUUCAAAAUGGUUCAAGUGAAAAUACCAGAUAAUGUGGAGCCCAUAUCUCAAAGCUAUUUGGUUGAAUUGAGCGUGCUUGCUCCACGUGGACAAGAUGCAAUAGCUGAAGACAUGAGAAUAUUCGCCGAACAGUUAAGGCCUUUAGUUCAGCUUGAAAAAAUUGACUACAAACGACUCAGUCAUUAGGGAUUAGAAUAAGUGUCUGUAAAUGAAUCAAUGAUGAAUAUUUCAUAAUAUGCAAUUGGGUACAAUGUUGUCUUUCAGUGUGCGAGAAUUGUACAUCAGAAAUCAUAAUGAGUCAUAGUUUUUUCAUUGCAAAUUUUCAAGAAUUGUUCAUGCAAGUAUAAUUUCAAUGUUUCCUGCUGCAAUGACCCAUAGUUAUUUUUUAUAUUCUACUGUUGGAUAUUUGCAUUUGAAUCAUAUCUAUAAUGCAUAUCGAACUCAAUAAAGGUGAACCCUUGUAACUAUUGCAAAAGUAUGAUUGGCAUGAUAAAAGAGAUACAAGAAGAGAUUUAAUUUCCUGAUAAUCUAUUAUCAUUUCCGAACACCUGCAGCAUGUCAUUUGAGGGAUGGUUAAAAGUUUAUACUCUACAAUAAAGUAGGACUAUACUAAUCAUUUGCUCGGAGAUGUAAGACUAAUGAGACGGAGUCUGAAAUUGGCUGGUAAACGAGAUAACAAUAAUGUG